UGGCACCAAAAAGGGAUUGUGCCGAACUAGCAUAGCACUCUUGAGCAUUCUUCCUAUUCCUGCUCUGUUGUUGUUGACGCUGUUGUUAUUUCUUCGGCUGCGCUAGGUAGAUUUCAUUUAGAACUCGACUUGUCCAACAACGUAUCCUCGUGACAAGAGACAACUUCCAGGGGGCAUCAUGCCUUUUGUUCCAUGUACGUCAGCCGUGCAUCUUUGGCCGUCGUAAAAUAAUUUUAGUCUAAACUUAUCAGCGGUGAUCGCAGGAGCUUUGCAUGUUGCAAAGCAUUUCCUCGGCGUUCUCGGCCCUGGCCGGUGUGUCUGACCGAUUCCAAUCAGCAAUUAUAUGGUGGUUAAUAGGAGCGCGGUCGCUACUUUUGAUUUGCCUUUUCCAUGCCAAAAAUAGUUGUUGGCAAUCUUUGUAUGAAGGAACGUAUCUAUCUGGUCAAGAACUUUGCGCUCGAGCACAGCCAGCCGCUUACAGUUUCCCCUCAAGAGGACCCUGUAUGUCUGUCGAAUAUCCUAAUAACUACUACUCCGUAGUUGGUGCUGAACUUCUGUACUUUCCCAUGCCAUGCUGAUCCUGAUCCUUGGGGCUUGCGCUGCAACAUUGAUCCCUCCCGUCGAUUGAAAGCCCCGUGUUUGCGAUUGGCCGC